AGUGGUAGUGUGGAAACAACUACUGACGUUUCAAUUUAUAGGUUAGAAUUUUCAAAAUGUGGAAAUCGGGCACUUUUUCUUGUAGAAUUGCAAAGAAUACCUUUAGUAUAAUCUGCAAUGGACCUUUGAAUUCUAAUCUGAAAAACUUGAACAAGAUUUUGACAUGCCAUUUUGCCACAAAAACUCGAAAUAAAAUAUACACAGCAGAAGAAGCUGUCAAGGAUAUCACAGAUGGCUCAAAACUUUUAGUUGGAGGUUUUGGUUUAUGUGGCAUACCAGAAAAUUUAAUCACAGCUCUUCUGAACCACAACAGCAAAGAUUAUACAGUGGUUUCCAAUAAUGCAGGUGUAGAUAAAUUUGGCUUGGGUCUGCUUCUCAAGCAAAAGAAGAUCAAGCGUAUGAUAUCAUCCUAUGUAGGGGAGAAUGCUGAAUUUGAAAAACAAUUUUUAUCUGGAGAUUUAGAAGUUGAACUGACACCACAAGGGACACUAGCAGAAAGAAUCAGAGCAGGAGGGGCUGGAAUUCCAGCUUUUUUUACUCCUACAGCUUUUGGCACCCUAAUUCAUGAGGGAGGUGCUCCAAUCAAGUAUGAUAAAGAUGGAAAAGUUCAAAUUUCUAGUACUCAAAGAGAAAUGCAGCUAUUUAAUGGCAAACCCUAUAUAAUGGAGGAAGCUAUCACUGGGGACUAUGCUCUGAUAAAGGCAUGGAAAGCAGAUCCACUUGGAAACUUGAUUUUCAGGAAAUCAGCGAGGAAUUUCAAUCCCACAAUGGCCAAAGCAGGUAAAACGACAAUAGUAGAAGUAGAGGAGAUUGUUGGUGUGGGUGACUUGGAACCAGACCAAAUACACCUUCCUGGAAUCUUCAUUGAUAGAAUAGUGAAGGGUGAAAAGUACGAGAAGAGGAUAGAAAAAGUCACCACUCAAAAGUUAUCUGACAGCAAGGAUUCCAUUGUGAAGAAGAAUCCAGCUGCUGAGAAAAGAGAGAGAAUCAUCAGAAGGGUAGCUCUCGAAUUCAAGGAUGGAAUGUAUGUAAAUUUGGGUAUCGGGAUGCCAGUUUUGGCUUCCAACUAUAUCCCAGCAGACAUGGAGGUGUUACUGCAGUCUGAGAACGGGAUACUCGGCCUGGGUCCGUUUCCGCAUCCCAAUUGCGUGGACGCCGAUUUGAUAAAUGCCGGCAAGGAAACGGUGACAGUCAUCCCGGGAGCCUCAUAUUUCAGUAGCGACGACAGUUUCGCCAUGAUAAGGGGGGGGCACGUAGAUUUGACUAUUCUAGGGGCAAUGGAAGUUUCUCAAUAUGGGGAUUUAGCGAAUUGGAUGAUACCUGGCAAAAUGGUGAAGGGCAUGGGCGGCGCAAUGGACCUAGUGGCUGCCCCAGGGGCUAGAGUAGUAGUUUGCAUGGAACAUUCAGCCAAAGAUGGCGGCCACAAGAUCGUCGAACAGUGCAGUUUGCCGCUUACAGGCAAGAACUGCGUCGACGUCAUCGUCACGGAAAAGGCCGUUUUUCACGUUGAUCCGGAAAUCGGGUUGACCUUGGUGGAGAUUGCGGAGGGGGUGGGAGUGGAAGAUGUUUUGAUGUCGACUGGGUGCAAUUUUAGGGUGGCAGAGGAUUUGAAACCCAUGGGGCAGAUCGAUGUGGAAUAGGGUGUAGGCUGAAAGUGUUUUGUUGGAUUUUGUCAUAGGUUUAUAUUUUUCAUUUAUUGGUAUAAGAAUAAAAAUAUUUUACAUC